AUGCCACCCCGGGUACAGACCGGGCGUGUGUCCAACACCCUCCUCCCCUACCUCACCUCCACAUCCUCCACAACCUCCUCCCUCCCUUCAUCCUCUUCACAAUGCCUCCGUCAGUUCUCUGCCACGACGGCUUCUCAAACGAAGCUUCGUCGGCAGAUGUUCGAAUGGCUUAGCACCGCCGGUGCUGGACUGAAAAACCAUGUUCCUGGAGAGACCAACUAUCUGUCCCGGUUAAAACAGGGUGGCCCCGAUGAUUCAAAUCGGCCAUUCCCUAACAACCCCAACUUCGUCAGUGAGAGUAUUCUCAGCGAGGAUCUCCGCGAAGAAAUUUAUAAACGUGUCGUUACCAAGAAGCAGAGUCUUCGUGCUGUCAGCGUGGAGCUUGGAAUUGAUAUGAAGCGAAUCGCUGCCGUCGUGAGAUUGGUGGAAUUGGAGAAGAGGCAACGCUCACAGGGCAAACCUCUCGCACUUCCAUACGCACGGGCAGUCCACGAAAUGGUCCCCGUAACCCCCCUCGCCGACAGAGGCGAGCGCCAAACGUACCACGAGUCAAUUAACGACCUUCCCGCCCACCCUUUAACAGGAUCGCAAAUCUUCUACCCAGUCCCUGAAUCGCGUUCCUUUAACCGAGUUGAAGCCGGUCGUGUCUUCUCCGGCGCCCCAGCCAUGACCAAUGAAGAAGCCGCUGAGAUCCAACACCCCUACGACCUAGCCCAGAAAGUGAUCGAAGACCCCAAGUCAAUCGGCUGGAUCGGCAAGGGCGAAAAGGCCCGCCAGAUCCUUCAGCCCGCCGACGCCCGUAUCCCACACCCACACAUGAUCGGUCUCGAACGCGACCGCCUCGCACACCCCAACGAGCGUCUCACUGUUCAGCGACGCCACUCUGACCGUCUCGCUCGCCAGGAAGCCCUCGAGCAGGAGGCCCGCCAGCGCGCCCAGGAACAUCGCGAGGCUAGCCAGAAGACUGUGUCUCCUGCCGACUCGCGCUUCGAUUACCGCAUUCAGGACACCAAGUUCACCAAGGAGACCACUGGUGCCAAUGGCCGUGCUCCUUGGGCUGUUGGUCGUCGCUACGGUGUCCCGCACGAGGACCGUACUCGUGGCACAGUCAAGAUCCCAACUCGUGUUGACGCUUAA